CUCGCUCCCACAGGCACCAGAUGCUCCAGCGGGAGCCCUGGGGAAAUGGGGGAGUCGAACUGGAAUCUCUUUGCUGCCAUCUGAGCUGGCCGUGCACACAGACACCCCGCCAGGGUCAUGAUUACAGGAAGCAGGUAAGAUGGUGGCUGGGCCUUUCCUAGACUCCCCCUUCUCUUGGGCUUGUUGGCAUCCCCUGUUCUUCCUCACCCUGGAGGCCCUCCUGACGGGAUCCAGCUGGAGCUGCCCUUCCAGCUGCCACUGCUCCUCCCAGGACAGGUCUGUCUUUUGCAACCGCCGGCGCCUGACCACCGUGCCGGGCGGGAUCCCCCCGGAGUCUGAGCUCCUGGACCUGAGCAAGAACCGCAUCAGGACCUUGCACCAGGGCAUGUUCUCCCGCCUGCAGCCCUUGAAGGAGCUGGACCUGAGCGAAAACAUCAUCUCCAACAUUGAGCCCGGAGCCUUUAACAGCCUGCAGAAGCUGAUGACCCUGAGGCUGAAGAGUAACCAGCUGAAAAUUGUCCCACCUGGAAUCUUCACUGGCCUCCCUAACCUCACCAUCCUUGACAUCAGCAAGAACAAGAUCGUCAUCUUCCUGGACCACUCCUUCAAAGACUUGUUCAACCUUAGGAAGCUGGAGGCCGGGGACAACCACCUGGUCUUCAUCUCGCCGCAAGCCUUCAGCGGGCUCCUCCGCCUGCAGCAGCUCACCCUGGAGAAGUGCAACUUGACAGGCGUGCCCCAGCUUGCCCUCUCUCAGCUUCACCACCUGGUCGAGCUCCGGUUUAAGGUGCUCAACAUCAGUGUCCUCCACAACUACUCCUUCCGGAGGCUGCACCGCUUGAACGUGCUGGAGAUCGACCGCUGGCCUUUCCUGAUGAUGCUGGAGCCCCGCAGCCUCUUGGGACUGAACUUGACCUCCUUAUCCAUCACCAAGUGCAACCUCAGCACUGUCCCUUACGAGGCGUUCAGGCAUUUGGUUUAUCUCCAGUACCUGGAUCUCUCCCACAAUCCCAUCUCGGUGAUCCAUGGCAAGAGGCUGAGCGACCUUUCACGCCUUCAGGAAUUCCACCUCUCUGGAGGCAGGCUGGCCACCAUCGCCACCAGUGCCUUCCAAGGACUCAACUACUUCCGGCUGCUCAAUGUCUCGGGUAAUGCCUUGAGGACCUUGGAAGAAGGGGUCUUCCACUCGGUGGGGAACCUGGAGAUCCUACGGUUAGACAGGAACCCCCUGGCCUGUGACUGCCGGCUCUUAUGGAUUAUCCGAAGGCGACGCAGGCUUAACUUUGGAGGGCAGCAGCCCGCCUGCGCGAGCCCCAUGACAGUCAAAGGGAAAGUCUUCAAGGACUUCUCCGAUGUCCUCCUACCCAAUCACUUCACCUGCAGGAAGUCUAAGAUCCUGGACAAGACGCCUCAGCAGGUGAGUGUGGAAGAGGGGGGCAAGGCAACCCUGAGCUGCAAGAGCGAAGGGGAUCCACACCCAACUGUCUACUGGGUGUCACCUCAUAACAUCCGCCUGGACUCCAACCACAAGGGGCGGAUAAGGGUCUUCGCAGAUGGCACGUUGGAGAUUGAGUACGCCCUAACCCAGGACAGUGGCACCUACCACUGCGUUGCCAGCAACGUAGCAGGGAACGACACUUUGCUGGCACACCUUCGUGUGAGCAAGCCCUCUUCCCAGUUGGGCAACGACUCCUUCCUGUUCUCCAACAGCUCGGAGGCCUUCCAACCGUCCCUCAUUGAUGUGGGCACACUGGUGGGAGUCUUGGCCAUGGGCAUCCUGCCGUUCCUCAGCUCGGUCGCCAUCUGCUUCAUCUUCAUCUUCUUCUGGAGCAAGAGCAAAGGGAAGGUCAAGCAUCACGCCACCUUCGAGUUCAUCCCUCACUAUCCCCACGCGGCCUGGAACAAGCCACGCAGCGGCGGUGGCGGCAGCAAGUUUGCCAUGAAACUCAUGUGAUGGGGAGGCCAUUUUCUCGCCUCAGGCCCCCAUAGCUUUGUAAACCUGGAAAUGAAAAAUGCAGCGACUUACAAAAGUGGUUCAUCUUUGUGAGCUGCCGAUGCCAGUACCACGCUCCACCUGUGUAGCAGCGUGGGGGGCCAGGGAGACUUGUGGUCAGCAUGAAGCAGAGGUCGUCUAUAGUGAACCUUUUUGGCCGACUCUCAGGGACCUGGGGAUGAUACCGAUGCAGGUUUGGUGCAAAGAUAACACACUAAGGCAGAAGCUAGAGGCUUGGUGGUGUGGGGAGUUGGGCCUGGAUGAAGCCUUUCAUCUCUAAGUCACUGGUUCUAACCUCACCUAGGUUGGCAGAGGCUGGAGAAUUGGGGACCUCUGGGGAAUGAGGUUAGUGGUCAGGUUUGAGGUGUGUUGGCUGGGCAAUAUGGAGGAAACAUUUAUGUGGAGAGAGGAUGUGUUCUGAAGUAGAGAAGAAAGUACCUUGUGGGAUGUCAUAAGAUCAUGACUCCUUCCCCUGGAGCAGAACAGCUCUCACACCAUGGCAGAAAAUAAUAAGACUGUCUGAGCGGGUAAUUUAUCAGGGGUUUUGGCCACUCUGCUAUAAAAUGAUGAUGGUAAACUGGGGAAGGGGGAGAGUUAAAAAUUGGAAGUGUCUUUGCCAGGCCUGGAGUCAUCUUUGUCCCUGAAAUCACCCAGAUCCUUAAUGGGCUCCCAGAGGGGGGACAAAAUGCUCAUCUUUUCCCUCCCCCCAGUCCCUUCUACAGCCUCUCAAUCUGCAGUGAAUUAUUCAUGUCAGGCAAAAACUAA